AUGGCCGCAGCAAGAAAGCCCUGGGGCUGGCUCCUGGGGUACCUCGUCCUUGGUGUCACAGGAGUGUCGGUGCGGGGGUGCGUGGGGACAGGGGAAGCCGAGGGUGCCGAUAAAGGGGAGCUUGCGGGAGGCCCCAUUGCUGGGAAUCUGGGCCUGCGCCAGGGACUUCAGCCCUCGGACCGGGAGUCCCUGGCGGGGACAGGAUGGCGGUGCUGCUCUGCUGUGGCCGCGGGCGAGGCCGCCGUCCUCCCCCCCUCCUCCUUCGCCGUCGGGCUGGGCCUGCACGAUCUGGAGGCGCCCCCGGAGCCGGGGAGCCGCGUGCUGCGGGCCACCCUCUCCAUCCCGCAUCCUGCCUACAACAAGCCCUUCAUGGCCAACGACCUCAUGCUGGUCAAGUUGAACGAGUCGGUGCCCGUGUCUGACACCAUCCGGAACAUGGCCGUGGCCUCGCAGUGCCCAGCCGCUGGGGAGCCUUGCCUCAUCUCUGGCUGGGGCCUGCUGGCGGAUGCUGAGCCCUGCAGCGCGGGCAGGAUGGCCACAGUGCUCCAGUGCGCGAAUGUCUCGGUGGUGUCCGAGGAGGACUGCAGACAGCUCUACGGCCCCGUGUACCACCCCAGCAUGCUGUGCGCCGGCGGGGGGCAGGACCAGACGGACUCCUGCAGCGGUGACUCUGGAGGGCCCCUGGUCUGCAAUGGGUCCCUGCAGGGCCUUGUGUCUUUCGGAUAUGCCAAGUGUGGCCAAAUCGGUGUGCCAGGCGUCUACACCAACCUCUGCAAAUUCACUGCCUGGAUAGAGAAAACCAUCCAGAGUAACUAGUUACGGGGCUGAGACCCCUGAGGUUGACCGGGGUUGAGCCUGCUGGAGGGACUCAGGAACCCCAGCUCCCCACCCACGUCUUCAGUUCUAGAAUCAGAUCCCGUCUAGACUCUCCCUGCACACAGUGCCCCCUGGUGGCACUGUAUGGACCCAGCGUCGCCGGGUUCAGAAG